GUUUGGCUUCGUAAACGCCUGGUUAGUAUAAGUGACUAAAAGUAGGCACAGCAAAUAUAAAGAAUGCUUCUCAAAUUGGUUGUAAUAGCAGCUUUCUGUUGCACCAACGCGCUAGCUAAUUUCACCAGCUAUGAGGGUUAUAAAAUCUACGAGUUCACAGCUGAGAAUACCAUACAACAGGAGACCCUUGAGAUCUUGGCGCAAAAAGAGACAUAUGACUUCUUCAUGCUUCCACGCAUCUUGGGACUCCCCAUACAUGUUCUGGUUACUCCAGCGGAUCAAUUGCAAUUCCAGCAAACAUUGCAGACAGCACAAAUCUCUUACACAAUCGUUAAUGAGAAUUUCGGCCAGAGCGUAGAAGUUGAGCGGAUGCUAAACAGUAUUUAUCCAAAGCAACGUAAUUCGGUACCUGGUAGCAUUUCGUUCAACGUCUAUCAACGUUAUGGCGAGAUCACCGCCUAUCUGGAAGAGCUAGCCAAAAUGUAUUCAAGCCGCGUUAAGCUAACAUCUAUCGGUGAUUCGUACGAAGGGCGUCAACUACACGCCAUCUCUAUCACGAACGGCGAUGGCAUUUCAAAUAAGAAUGUCAUAGUAAUGGAUGCAGGUAUACACGCGCGUGAAUGGAUUGCGCCAGCCGCUGCGCUGUAUGUCAUUCAGCAAUUAGUGGAGAAUUACGAGCAAAACUCACAUUUAUUGGCUAAUUACGAUUGGAUUAUUGUACCGCUCGUCAAUCCCGAUGGCUACGAAUACACUCAUACACGCGAACGUCUGUGGCGUAAAACACGUAAGCCGGUGACCAGAUUUUGCGCCGGUACGGAUGCUAAUCGUAACUUCGAUUUUCAUUGGGGUGAAGUCGGUGCUUCUAAUACCGCUUGCGCGGAUACUUUCAAAGGUCUCUCUGCCUUCUCAGAGCCAGAAACGCAAGCGUUACGCGAUUUAAUGCAUUCGCUGACCGGUCGCGCGAAAUUUUACCUCACUUUACACGCGUACGGCAACUAUUUACUCUACCCGUGGGGUUACAGUUCUGAUCUGCCUGAAAAUUGGCGUGACAUUGAUGAUAUUGCUCAAACCGGUGCGGCUGCCAUUAAAAACGCUACGAGCACCGAAUACACAGUGGGCAGUUCGACGAAUGUUCUUUAUGCCGCUGCUGGUGGCAGUGAUGAUUAUGCUUUGGCCAAAGCGCAAAUUCCCAUUUCUAUGACUAUGGAGCUGCCGUCCGCAGGGAAAGAAUUCGAUCCACCGCAAUCGAAAAUUGAGGAACUGGCGUCUGAGACCUGGAUUGGCAUUAAGGCAAUGGCGGAGAAGGUUAUAGAAAAAUACAAAUCAGAAUAUGAGGAACAGAAAUCAAGAAAAAUUAGGUUUGAAAUUGGUAUUUUUGCGCCAUGUUCUUAAUAAGGUUAACCUUCAAUAUCAACAUUUAUGCAAGCUGUGUGGUUGAACUUUCCACAAAAUAAUAUUGACUAUUCAACUUUAAUCUCUAAGUAAGAGUGGUGAUCCACUUGACUGCAUCUCAACCUUGUAGUUGCUUUGAGGAUUCACAAAAAAUUAAAGGAAGAAGAGAGGCGAAAAGGCAAAAAUGAUGGAAACCCCACCGAUAGAACUAAAAAAUAUACCACAAACUAAAGCCGUCCAGUUAGAACUCACCAACGAAGUUUGAACACAAACAAAUCAUGAUUUUUGUAAUAAAACUUUUCAAGAAUUUUGUUAAAGAAACUGUUUGAUGGAAUUCCAUAUUUUCUAAUACAAGUUCAGGCUCAUUUAAAUACAUCCCACUGUGUAACUCUGAACAUUUUGUCACUUUGGGAACAAUUGUUGUAGAUUAUAUGUUGUCCAACUCCGUUCCAGAAGAAUGCAAAAAUGGCUAGGGCGUCUUGAAUCCGAUGCUAUUAAACUUUCUCAUUUAUAGAUUUAACAUGCGUUCCUAAGUUUGUCUAGAUGUCUUCCAAAAAAAGUCCUAAUCAAAGUUGAUUUUAAGUUUUGAUGGAGAUUCCGUAGAAAGUGUGCUUCAGUCCGCCAAUGAACCAAUGCAAGUCCAAACUUUUUAAUGGCUAACCAGUUUUUCUGGAAAUCUAACAAGACUUUCUGAAAAUAGUAUUGAAGUUUUGAUCGCUUGUUAAUUUUUUAAGAGCAGGUGCACAGAGUGAUUAUUUCAAAAACGAAGUCAAAAUGGUCAGACGAUUUAUUACGUUUACGAAUGUAAAUUCUUUGUAAUGGAAUUUUAAGUUAAAGGUAUUUAUUUUAUGUUACAAAAUUAACAAGAACUAAUUUAUGGUUUAGUUAUAUAAUAUAUAGAUCGAUACUUUAGUUUAUCCUGUAUUUUGCACAUUUUAUUUACGUCUUUGCAUAUGGUUACAUAAAGUUUUAGUUGUAUACCCCCCAAUUCCCCCAUUUAUUCGUUUUUCAGUGUAUUUGUGUAUGCCUUAAGGUAAUAAAAAAGUUAAGUGUAGCUGCCCAAAUUCGCCUAUAU